UUGCUUGCUUCUCACACGCACACUACACACAAACACAACAACUAGCUCGCUGUCAACCGAGAGAGGACAGGAGACUAAGCUCGAGAUGGCAGCGGAAAUCGUGAGCGCGGCGACGGGGGUGAUGAACCCCCUCAUCGGCAAGCUCACCACGCUGAUGGGAGAUGAGUACAAGAAGCUCAAAGGAGUGAGGAAGGAGGUGGCUUUUCUCAAGGACGAGCUCAGCGCCAUGAACGCUUCCCUUGAGAAGCUGGAGUUUAUGGAAAAGCUCGAGCCAAAUACCAAGAACUGGAGGGAUCAUGUCAGGGAGAUGGCCUACGACAUGGAGAAUUGCAUCGAUGACUUCAUGCAGGAUAUUGGAGGUGCCAACGCCAACGCCAGUGCAGGUUUCGUGAAAAGGAUGUCUCGGCGCCUGAAGACGCUAAGGGUGCGUCACCGGAUUGCCGGCCAGAUCGAGGAGCUUAAGGCUCGUGCAGUAGAGGCAAAUGAAAGGCGAAUAAGGUACAAGAUUGACGAUUGCAACACUAGUUGUGGCUCUGUGGAUAUUGAUCCGCGGAUUUCAGUGAUCUACAAAGACGUUGUUGGACUUGUGGGUACUGAUGGCCCAAAGAAGGAGGUUGUCAGUUUGUUAACACUCACCGAGAAGAAGCACAAGGUGGUGUCCAUCGUGGGAUUCGGGGGAUUGGGGAAAACUACCCUCGCUAAUCAGGUGUAUGUUGAUCUCGAAGGGCAAUUUGACUGUAAGGCAUUUAUUCCAGUCUCUCAAAAACCAGAUAUGCCAUGGCUUCUCAAUAGCUUAAGAUUAAAGCUUGGGAUAAAUGAGUCCUCUCAUAUUUGUGAGGUGGAAGACAUCAUCGGUCAACUUAGAGAACACCUUGCAGACAAGAGGUAUUUUAUUAUAGUCGAUGACUUGUGGGAUGAAGAAGCAUGGGACAUUAUAAGAUGUGCCUUUCCAAAAAAUGGUAACGGGAGUAGAGUAAUAGUAACCACAAGAGUGGAAGACGUUGCAAUCUCAGCAUGUUCUUAUAACCGUGAGCACAUCUACAAAAUGAAGCCCCCCAGCUCUGAAGAUUCGAGAAAGUUAUUCAUGAACAGAGUAUUUGGGUCUGAAAACAAAUGUCCAUCUAAUUUUGAGGAGGUUUCAAAUGAAAUUCUGAAGAAGUGUGGCGGAUUGCCACUUGCAAUCAUUACUAUAGCUAGCCUAUUGGCUUCCCGUCGAGAAAGAUCAAGGAAUGAUUGGGAGAGCAUACAGAAUUCUCUAGGUGCCCAGUUUGCCAUAAACCCCACUCUGAAAGGGAUGAGGAGUAUAUUAAACCUCAGGUAUAUGAAUCUUCCUCUUCAUCUCCGCACUUGUUUUCUUUACCUUGGUAUGUAUCCAGAGGACUAUGAGAUUCAGAGGGAUGAUCUAGUCCGAAAAUGGAUAGCCGAAGGCUUUAUCAUUAAUUUGCAUGGAACAAAUUUGGAGGAUGUUGGGAUAAGUUAUUUCAAUGAGCUAGUCAAUAGAAGCCUCAUUCAGCCUGCAAUGGACAUAUUCGGGAACGUGUGUUACAAAGUACAUGACAUGAUGCUGGAUUUGAUCUUAAGCAAGUGUGCAGAAGACAAUUUUAAUAGUGUGACAUAUACUUCUAAAGACAUGACAAGACCGAGUAACUGCAUGUACAGGAUCCGUCGAUUAUCCCUGAUCUCAGCUAUUGAUAGAACAAGUGAGACAUUAUCAUGGACAGUUCCGAAUAGCACAUCACAACUUCGGUCAUUGGUGUGGUUCGGAGAUUGCAAGUCCAUACCUCGUCUUUCUCAGCUAAAGUAUAUCCGUGUGUUAUCCUUUGAAUAUCCAGGUUUAAUUGUAAGAUCACGUCUGGACGUCACUGCUAUCAGCCAAUUGUUUCAACUGAGGUAUUUAAAGGUUCCAACUUAUUACUAUGCAAAGCUUCCCACUGAAAUUCGGGGGCUUGUGCAUUUGGAUACGUUGGAUGUACCACUAGGAAGCAUCCCGUCAGACAUAGAGCACUUGCCCCGCUUGUCUAAUCUGACAAUUGGUUUGCAUGCGAUGAUAGGGCUACCAGAAAGGAUCGGGAUCAUGGAAUCUCUUCAUACACUCCAUGGUUUCCUACUGCAUAGGACUCCGCUGGAGGCUCUUGAGGGCCUUGGUAAGCUGACUAAUCUGAGGAGUCUGAAACUUGAUAGCUAUGAUGAUGGUGAGUGCAAUUUGCUGGAGAAGGCGAAGCUUGAUGCUCUCGCCUCUUCUUUUUGUAAGCUACGCAACCUCAAAUAUCUCCGGAUGACGAAAGGCGAUCAUGAUGAUAAGGACGACAUUUUAGGCUCAGUUUCAGAUCCUCCUACCCUUAUCGAGGAAAUGGAACUUAGCAGCUGGAAGAUGUUGGGAGUUCCUAAAUGGAUUGGUGAUCUCAGUUGCCUGCAUAGCCUGGAAUUAUCUGUUAGGGAGGCGAAAAAUGAUGCGAUUACUAUUCUGGGAGGACUGCCAUCCCUCGUCUACCUCUACCUUUGGGUUGCGACAUGCCCUAAAGAAGAGGCUGUAAUCGUUAGCAAGGGAUUAUUCCCAGUUUUGGAGCACCUUAGAUUCAUCUCUGAAGAAGAUGUUACAGCAUAUCUGGGUAUCGAGGCAGGAGCUAUGCCCAAGCUACGAGAGCUCAGUAUGCUACUCAGAGUGCCACAGUGGGGUGGAGCUGCACCAGUCGGCAUCGAACACCUCUUGGGCCUCCAGCAGAUCAGUUUAACUGUAUGGUGCAAUGAGAAGGAAUCUCCCGAACAAGUGAAGCUCGAAGUCCGGCCUGCGUUUAGCAACGCCGUGCAACUGCACCCAAAGCCUCCUUCCGUGGAUAUUGAAUGUCACCCCUGGUUGUGAGUGAGGCGUAAUGAACCACGUGCACUGAGCAAUCUGUCUCUGGACGGCCUCUACUGUAACUUUCAUCAUUUCCUCUGCGCUAUAUAUUGUACUCUUUUUUAUUCAUUUUUAGUUCGUGUUUAAUGUCUUGAGUGUCGUUACAUCAGUAUCUCCGAUGCACCCUGUAUAUGCAGAAAACCACGUGAUUAAUGAUGGAUUAUUUGGUUUGAGAAA